AUGCCUCGGCUCCCGCUCCCCAUGGCGCUGCUCCUCAGCCUUGGCCUCUUCGGGCUGUUUCCAGGGGUCCUGGCUACAGACACAGAGGAAAGGUUGGUGGAACAUCUCCUGGAUCCUGCCCGCUACAACAAGCUUAUUCGACCAGCCACCAAUGGCUCUGAGCUGGUGACUGUACAGCUUACAGUAUCACUAGCCCAGCUCAUUAGUGUGCAUGAGCGGGAGCAGAUCAUGACCACCAAUGUCUGGCUGACCCAGGAGUGGGAAGAUUACCGGCUUACCUGGAAACCAGAAGAAUUCGACAAUAUGAAGAAAGUGCGGCUCCCUUCCAAGCACAUCUGGCUUCCAGAUGUUGUUCUCUACAACAAUGCUGAUGGGGUGUAUGAGGUCUCCUUCUACUCCAAUGCUGUGGUUUCCUAUGACGGUAGCAUCUUCUGGCUUCCACCUGCCAUCUACAAGAGUGCCUGCAAGAUCGAGGUCAAGCAUUUCCCCUUUGACCAGCAGAAUUGUACCAUGAAGUUCCGUUCCUGGACCUAUGAUCGCACAGAAAUUGACUUGGUACUGAAGAGUGAAGUUGCCAACUUGGAUGAUUUUACACCCAGUGGCGAAUGGGACAUUGUAGCCUUGCCUGGGCGGCGGAAUGAGAAUCCAGAUGACUCCACUUAUGUGGACAUCACAUACGACUUCAUCAUUCGCCGCAAGCCUCUCUUCUACACUAUCAACCUCAUCAUUCCUUGCAUCCUCAUCACCUCCCUUGCCAUCUUGGUCUUCUACUUGCCUUCUGACUGUGGUGAGAAGAUGACACUCUGCAUCUCUGUUCUGCUGGCUCUCACUGUCUUCCUCUUGCUCAUCUCCAAGAUUGUCCCACCCACCUCACUGGAUGUGCCGCUGGUCGGCAAGUACCUCAUGUUCACCAUGGUACUGGUGACUUUCUCCAUCGUCACCAGUGUCUGCGUCCUCAAUGUGCACCACCGAUCACCUACCACCCACACCAUGGCCCCUUGGGUCAAAGUUGUCUUCUUGGAGAAGCUACCUGCCGUCCUCUUUAUGAAGCAGCCACGCCAGAACUGUGCCCGGCAGCGGCUGAGGCAACGAAGGCGGCAGCGGGAGCAGGAAGGUGGUGGGGGGCUCUUCUUCCGAGAUGCCCCGGGGGCCAAUUCCUGUACUUGCUUUGUCAACCAGGCCUCUGUCAAAGAGUUUGGUGGAGUUUUUGGGGAUGAGUCAGCUGAGUCAGCCAAUGGCUUCCGGGGGCGAGCAGGCCCUGUUGGGCCAUGUGGCUGUGGGCUCAAGGAGGCAGUAGAUGGUGUGCGCUUCAUUGCUGAUCACAUGAGGAGUGAGGACGAUGACCAAAGCGUGAGUGAGGACUGGAAGUAUGUUGCUAUGGUGAUUGACCGCCUGUUCCUCUGGAUCUUUGUCUUUGUCUGUAUCUUUGGCACCAUCGGCAUGUUCCUGCAGCCGCUUUUCCAGAACUACGCCACCAACACCUUCUUCCACCUGGCCCACCCAGCUUCCAGCUCCAAGUGAGAUCACUACCUGUCUGGCCCCCAAACCUAAGCCGCCUCAGCCCAUCCAUAAUGGAGGACCCGUGGUAGUGGUGGUGUUGGUGGGGUUGGCUGCAGACAGGGAAGAGUGGGAGUGAGAAGCUCCCCUCCAGAGACCCAUCCUCUCUCUUUUGUCAAGCACUGAUUGCUCCUCUUCCUCCCAGGCUUAACCUCUGGGCUGCUUACGGAACUUGGCUGGUUUGGCCUCCUCUUUGGUCUCCCCAACCUUUUGUUUCUCUGGGGCCCUGUAAGCAGCUAGUGAUAACAAAUGCCAGCUGAGAAAUAAAGGAGUAGAGAUGGCAGGAGAGGAAUGAACUGAAAUCAGAACUUCUACUGGGAGUUUAAAAGACAAAGAAACGAAAAGGCCUUGAGUCCAAAUGAAGAGGCCUCAUUGUCCUUGCCAAAAUAAAUUGUCUCCAGAUCAUGUGAAAAAACAGGGUGAGGGUGGGUUGAAGGGGAGAAAGAAGAGAGAAGUAUACAGAUACAAGCAGGCUUUUCUGGUUCUUGGUUAGAUUGACCAAAUGGUAGAUAGUUCCAGAGAGUAGGGCAUGGGGAUUAGAGUCUGUGCAACCCUCUUUUCUGAGAGCAGACUUUUGGCUCGUACUAAUUACUGCUGGGUUUAGCGGCAAGGCAUUACAAACUGGUCAGUGGAUCUAAGUCUAAGGGACCUCUGUGUGCCCUUAGAUCGAUACACAAAGCCCAUCCUCCUCCCCCUUUUUCCCUUUUGUAGAGAGAUGAAGUUUUUGGCACCAUCCCACUCGUUGCUUUCUGGGCCCUCUCAAUUUCUGGGAUGACAGAAACCUUGACCCUACCUUCUGGCUUGUCACAUACCCCAAAUUCACCACUUCAUUCAUCCCUUAAUCUGCCUUGGGAUGGAAGGAAUAUGAGGGGAUGGCUUGGUGUCAGGAUGGGCUGAACUUACAAAGGCAAUCUGGAUGCGUUUCUAGAAUUCCAGGGUCCUAGGAGGAGUAUUUAGGGGCUAAGGUCACUGAUGUUGCCUCCUCAACUGAAAAAGUACAAAAAUUAUAAGAUUCUCACAGUCAGUCUCUGAUAAAUUUUUUUCCAGGAGGCUGAAUUGAGUGUUUUCACUGAAUUGAUCAGAUUUCUUGGUUCUCUUCACCUCAUGUAGACCUAGUCUCAGCAUCUUAUCGAGGAUCUGAGAGCAGAGAACCAGGAGAGAGGAGAGCGGGACCUCUUCAUCUUCUAGCUCUGCCUCCCUCCCUCCUAACCAAACCUGACCUUAUCUCCUGGUGGGACUCUAAGAAGGCCUGAAGCUCUGCUUCCUCCAGUGGCUCCCUUCUUCAUCCCUUUGGACUCUGCCUCCCACUUUGCAGUUGACCUGGAUUGCUGU